CCAGCAAUGGCGCCUUCUGAUACUUGACAGCCACGCCAGCCACCUCACGCUAGAUUUUUUGGAGUAUUGUGAAGCCAAACGCAUCAUGGUUAUAGUGUAUCCUCCCUAUUCAACCCACAGCUUGCAGCCGUUAGAUGUUGUGCUCUUUGCGCCGCUUUCAAAGCACUACACUGAGGAGCUUACCCAACGCCUCCAGCGAACCCAAGGCCUCUCAAGGAUCACUAAACGCGACUUCUAUAGCAACUUUUGGCCAGCUUAGAGCUCUACAAUGACUCACGAUCUUAUAUUGAAGAGUUUCCAAGCUACAGGCGUAUGGCUGAUGGACGCAGACCCAGUACUUCAACGCUUCAACAAUGGCCCACAACAACAAGAUGACGAGCCAGGAAUUGGGGAGCAAGGCGACGGCGAUACCUGGCCUCAAUUGCGCAAAAUUUUUGAUGCUGCAGUGGCUGACAAGGCCAAAUUUGAAGCCAAACGGCUGUCCCAAGGCCUGCACUCGCUGCAGGUCAACAACAAGCUUCUACAACUCCAGAACGCGGAGCUACGCGCUGAAAUCAACCUCAUUAAGAAGCGCCUGACCAAGUCUACAACACUAACUACACAAGAAGGCGACGAUUGGCACGGCGGUGCUGUAUUCUACAGUCCCAGGAAGCUUGCCAGCGCGCGCGCGCGCAAGGCCGCAGAACUGGACGAAGCCGCGGAGCUACAACUCAAAAAAACUCGCGAUAGAGAGGCAAGAGCAGCAGAAGCAGCUCACAAAAAGCAGAAUCAAGAAGCUGCGAAGGUGGCUCAACAACAAGCCAGAAUUAAGCGUGAUCGCGAGCAGAAACAGCGCGCUGAGGAACGCGCUGCAGAACGGGCGCUUAAAAAGCAACAACAACAAGCUGCAACCACUUAAAAAAGCCACAAUACAGCAAAUAAGCGUAAGCGAAAAGCCUCACACAAAGCAGCAGAAAAUCUAGCAAAGUGUUGUUGUGGUGCGGCUGCAUUAAGUUGGGUUAACGCUGGUCCGCCUGAGGCGUCUCCCCCACCUAAAUUUGGCAGAAACGGCUGCCAACUCAAGACGCCAGCGAGAUUAAAG